AUGGCUCGGGUUCGCUCUCAAGGCGAUGAUUUUACCUUCGUCAACCCCUUGGUGAAAUAUUUAUUGUUUUUCUUCAACAUGCUCUUCUGGACCAUUUCCAUGGUGAUGAUUGCUAUUGGAGUGUACGCCAGACUCAUGAAACAUGCAGAGGCUGCGAUGGCUUGUCUCGCUGUAGACCCCGCUAUCCUGCUGAUCGUUGUGGGCAGCCUCAUGUUCCUUAUCACAUUCUGUGGCUGUGUUGGCUCCCUACGAGAGAACAUCUGCCUCCUGCAAACCUUCUCGGUCUGCCUGACCCUCAUCUUCCUGCUACAGCUGGUGGCCGGGGUCCUGGGCUUCGUCUUCUCAGAUAAGGCCCGAGCCAAAGUCAGCGAGAUCAUCAACAAUGCGAUAAUCCACUACCGCGACGACCUGGAUUUGCAGAACCUGAUCGACUACGGACAGAAGCAGUUCGGCUGCUGUGGUGGGACCUCGUACCAGGAUUGGACCCGCAACAUGUACUUCAACUGCACCAUGGAGAAUCCCAGCCGGGAACGCUGCUCAGUCCCUUACUCUUGCUGCCUCCACUCCAAAGAGGAGAAAGUGAUCAACACGAUGUGUGGGCAGGGGAUGCAGAGCCUGGACUAUCUGUCAGCUGAGAAAUUCAUCUACACCAACGGCUGCAUCGACAAGCUGGUCAACUGGAUCCACAGUAACCUCUUCCUGCUGGGAGGGGUGGCCCUCGGGCUCGCAAUUCCCCAGUUGGUUGGGAUCCUUCUCUCCCAGAUCCUCAUCAAUCAGAUCAAAGACCAGGUGGAACUGCAAAAGUACAACAGUCAGCACCGAGCGGAUCCCUGGUACUGACCCCAUCCUCUGGAGCCGGCCCCAGUCGCUGUAACAAAAGACCAGCCUGGCCUCGCCUGACCUUGACGUGUGCGUGUGUGUGUGUGUGUGUGUGCGUGCGUGCGCGCGUGUGCGUGCGUGUGUCCAUGGUGGCUUUUAUUUAUCAAGUGUUUGGACCUCUGUUCACUUUCGCACGCAGAGAGGGAGAGAGAGAGAGAGAGAGAGAGCGCUGUGGUUGGAAUCGUUCUUUUGGACUCAGGACUCGUUGGGAUUGAGCUGUCGGGGUUGAUAACAAAGGCAAAAACAUCUCCCAUUACCCAGCGCUCAGCCCACCAUGGGCUGGUGUCUCCGCUCAGUCUCUCAGCCCACCCUGGGCUAGGCUGGAUGCUUCCUCCCUGGGCGCACUGAUUUCUUUCCUGGGCCUCAGAGGCGCCGUUUAUUUCACCUCAAAGCAGAUGUGUUAUGUGGUCCUUCCCUUCCAUUCGAAAUAAAUUUAUAGUUUUUUUUUUAAAGCAAAAGAUAUAUAAAUUAUUUUUUAAAGUCGUGUACUUUGACACAUCCGUUGUUCCUUCGAAGCAUUUUUACCGACUCCGCUGCUGCACCUCUGCUCUCUAUCGACGUGUGAUUUAAUUACCGUGUUUUGAAAGAAGAACUUCCGAGCGCUCGCAGCUCUGGAACCUUCCAGGCCUGGCUUGUGAUGGGGAGGAGGAGAGAGGAGGAAAGAGAAGAUGGGUCGACAAUCUGCGGUGGAUUGGGCCAGGAGUGUGGAUGGGUUUGUCUGUCUGUCUCUCUCUGUCUGUCUGUGUGGGUGCGUCUGUCUGUG